AUGACGAGAGGGACGACUACAGAGGGCUGUCCCACCCUCGUUUCGGCGGGAUACGAUGGGCAUUGCUUGGGCCAAGAGUUCAUCCUAGAUGCGAUCGACAACGAGGUCGACCUAAGCAGGAGGGACUUCGGGUUUGAUGACGACGACGAGGAGGAGGAUGUCGCAGGUCAAUGGCACACGCAGAGCAUCCCCGACGACGACCGAAGCGAUGGACCGCCCGAUCCAGGCGCGCUGGAGGGACAGCGAGAGCGCAGUGCGCGGCUAACGGGACUCCUUCAGAUGUUUUCUCGGCACCUCGAUCACGCCAGCGAGGAGGAGAGAGUCAGGGACCGCCACACGAAUGGGGCGAAAAGGAAGAACCAGGGCUCCACCGAUGUUGAGACUCCCACUGCCCGUGCGCUCGUCAUCUUGUCGAGGGUGAUGGACAGACCCUUGCGGGCCGCAGACGCUUCUCCCACGACUGUGACCGAACUCCCCACGCUGCUGGCGGCACGGCUGGUUGUCGGCCUCGUCUUGCGGUUUCCUCUCCCUUCUCUUCGCCCAAGCAAGCCUACGGAAGAAGAAGAUGGAACCGGGGGCGACGUCUGGAGCGCACGGCAACAGCUGCUGGUGAAGGCGUGCAGGCACAUGUUCGAGGUUAGUAAGAAGCCGGACGCGGACGAAGCUUUCUUUUCGUCGGGGGCGGUCACGGGGGUGCUGGAGUUCGUCGAGCUAUCAGCCUCCCGUCUCGAUUCGAUUUCAGGAGCAUCUUUUCGAAAAAAUCCAGAAAGGGAAGGGGAGAAACCGGAGCUUGUAAGUGUUGAAUACAGCAACGCCUGUAUCGGUGAUGCUGGUGCUCACAACAGCUCCAACCGAACAAGCUGUUCUAGCAGCAGCAUCGCUGACGAUAGCAACGCCAGUGGCGAUAGAGAUUUAGGCGGAUGCGUCUGGCACGUCGGGGGCAUCUACGACUCACUCACGUUUUCCGUCGGGUGUUUGAAGAAUAUUUCAGCUGAUCAAGGCCUCCGGGAUAGGCUCGUGCAGGCUGGCUCGAUCCGGGCAUUGUGCAAGCUCGUCCGCAGCACCCGCGACCUCUGCGGUCGAUGCGAACGGUCGCAGAAGCAACAAGAAGAGGCAAUUCAAACGUCAUUACGCCGUGUGCCUCCUACCGAAAACGAAGAACAAACGAAGGCAGCCGAUGACGUCAGGGAAUCUGCUGACCCUGGCGGGGGAGAGGUUGGCAUUGGUGGACAAGACGAGAAAGGGCUUGACUGCGUUGAUCUACUCCGAAGGCGUGUCUCUCCCCUCCUCGCGCAGGCGAUCGGUUUGGUCCGAGAUCUCGCCCUAGACGAAACGAACGACAGCGUUCGAGCCGCCGGCUUUGUCAGUACGCUUUGCUCCAUUUUUCGACCCUUCCGUAACCACCAAGACGUGGUGCUCAACGCGGCCCGGGCACUGGCGAGACUUAGUCUGCACCAACCAACGAGAGGGCUCAUCACCUCGGAACCAGGUCACGUGCGCGACCUAUUGGCGGCGUUAUUGGAACAGGGUGGCAAAAUAGACGCCGGGUUCGAGAGCAUCGAAGAGGGCUAUGAAGACCCGUCGCGCGCUACUAGUACCACGGCCGCUGUUGCACCUGUUGAGCACAGGCAACACUGGGACAACCAAGGAAAGCGCGUCGCGACCUGCGUGCGAAUCGCUUUCACCCUCGGGAAUUUAACCUCCGCUAGCGACGAGAACCGCAGACUGAUUGGCUUUCGGUUCGGCGGGGCGGAGAGCCUUCCUUCUUUCCUGCACACGUUUUCGAGGGCUUAUCUUAUGGCCUGGGAAUGCCUGUGCUCUGUUAAAACCCAUCAUGCUGCGUCUGUGGAUGGAAUAACCGAAACCGGUAGUAUUACUGCCUGGGGGGCAAGAGGGACUCCCACCGUCGUGCUCGGGGAGUGCUGGGCAAGAAGGACGUUGAGACGGGCGUGUUACGGUUUAGAGGAAAUGCUGGUGAAGGCGGUGCGUCUCCUGGCGAACAUCAGCAUUCACCGGGACGUUGGGCAGCAGGUUUGUCGCCACCCGGGGCUAGUUGCCUUGGAACCGCUACUAGGAAAGUGCCUGGAACUGUACGUGUUGUAUCAAGACGGGGCUCUACCGCAGGCGGGUCUUCGUGACCAGCAGGGCAAACGAUGUUGGAGUCAAGGUGGCGAUUGGGGCAGCGGUGCGGGACCGGUAGAAGCCGCGACCAUUCCCGGCGAGGAGCUGCUCCUGAAUGCCGUCUGCCUGAUAACAAACCUUUCCUACUAUGGUCCCACAGCGGCAAACUGCACCGCAGCGUCACCGGGUGGCCGCACACCCCCCUCCAUCUCUUCUACGGGAACGCCUGCCGGUGUCAGCCGCGUAGUUGGCCGUAGCGAUGGUGUGGAGCCGUCUGUUUCAGCCGCCUUGGGAAGGCCGCCUCACGGGAACAUUCUCUUCGCUCUUGCCGGCAAGGCUCGCCGGGACGUCGACGAGGAACAGGAAACGAUAGCCUCAACGGGUGAUAGCGUUGAAAAGAGCGCCCGCGCAAGGCCUGACGGGUGUCUUCGUCAAGAGGUAGUCGGCGCACCCGCACUAGCGGUGACGUCCCAAAGCUAUCGUCCCGCUACCGGUUCAGGAGAGUACGGCGGUGGUACCGGUGGGCGGACGCGCGAAGAAGUGCUCUGCGGCCACUUGGUGAAAGUCUUGCUUCACCCGAACGCUGAGGCAGUGGCGGAAGCGGCGCGGGCUUUCGGAAACUUCUCGCGUGACCCGUCCUGCAGGAGGGCCCUGACCCGCCGCCGCGCCGACGAGGUUCUGGUGGCGCUCAUAGGCCACCCUUGCCGCGAGGUCGUCUUCGCCGCGGUGGGCGCGCUGGUCAACGUUGCCACCGACCCCGCUUGCAAGGCGCUGCUGUGCCGCGAGAGGGUCGGCGCCGGCGAGAGGCUCGUGAGGCUGGUUCGGCGCGCGGGGCUAGCCGACCCGGGCAUGGCCGACCUCGCGUGCCAGGCUCUCCACAACUUGUUGAUCGAGCCAGGUUUAGGGGUGGACGCGGUCCUCGGAAGCCCCAAAACGUUCAAGAAGCUUUGGCGAACGCUCAAGGAGUUGAUGGAGGCGUGCUCGUGUGAGGCGCACUGCUUUGAGCGCCACCGGAAAAGGGAUAGAGGGGCACGGUUUGCAGCUGUACGUGGUCACAGCAGGAACUCGCCGGAACUCGAGGGGCUCCUGGCGGCAGCAACGGCUGUCUGGCGAGCGAUGAACGAAUAUAGCGUGGAUGGCAUGGCGCGGCACGCUUCGUUCAUCAAAGAAUUUCACGUAGCGACUUAA